UGAUGCAGAGCAUGGCGUUCUUCCAAUCCUCCUUCGCUGUUCCGGGGUCCCAGUUAUAUGUGAACGGAGACCUGAGGCUGCAGCAGAAGCAGCCCCUAAGCCAUCGUGGCCUAGAUGUUCGGUACAACGCCCUGAAAAACCUCCAGGCAUCUCCCAUGGAUCUGUGACCGAGGUGGGCAGCUCUCCCAGCAGCCCUGGACAGCAGCCCCCGGCCGGCGGCAUGUGGCUGCGGCGCAUCUCCAGCACCGCGGUGACCGCGCUCCUGCUGGCGCAGACUGGCCUCCUGCUCUUCCUAGUCUCCCGGCCCAGGCCGCCGUCCCCGGUGGGUGGCGAGGAGAGGGUGCACGUGCUGGUGCUGUCCUCGUGGCGCUCGGGCUCGUCCUUCGUGGGCCAGCUCUUCAGCCAGCACCCCAAUGUCUUCUACCUGAUGGAGCCUGCGUGGCACGUGUGGGCCGCUUUGUCGCAGGGCAGCGCGGUGGCGCUACACAUGGCGGUGCGCGAUCUGGUGCGCUCCGUCUUCCUGUGCGACAUGGACGUGUUCGACGCCUACCUGCCGUGGCGGCGCAACCUGUCGGACCUCUUCCAGUGGGCGGAGAGCCGCGCGCUGUGCUCGCCGCCCGCCUGCAGCGCCUUCCCGCGCGGCGCCAUCAGCAGCGAAGCAGUGUGCAAGCCGCUGUGCGCACGACGGCCCUUCGGCCUGGCCCAGGAGGCCUGCCGCACCUACAGCCACGUGGUGCUCAAGGAGGUGCGCUUCUUCAACCUGCAGGUGCUCUACCCACUGCUCAGCGACCCGGCGCUCAACCUGCGCAUCGUGCACCUGGUGCGCGACCCGCGGGCUGUGCUGCGCUCGCGCGAGCAGACGGCCAAGGCACUGGCCCGUGACAACGGCAUCGUGUUGGGCACCAACGGCAAGUGGGUGGAGGCCGACCCGGACCUGCGUGUGGUGCGCGAGGUGUGCCGCAGCCACGUGCGCAUCGCCGAGGCCGCCAUGCGCAAGCCACCGCCCUCCCUGCGCGGCCGCUACCGCCUGGUGCGCUUCGAGGACCUGGCACGGGCGCCUCUGCCCGAGAUCCGCGCGCUCUACGCCUUCGCAGGCCUGAGCCUCACGCCGCAGCUUGAGGCCUGGAUCCACAACAUCACCCACGGGGUCGGGCCAGGCGCCCGCCGUGAGGCCUUCAAGACUACGUCCAGGGACGCGCUCAACGUCUCGCAGGCGUGGCGCCACACGCUGCCCUUUGCCAAGAUCCGCCGCGUGCAGGAGCUGUGUGCGGGCGCACUGCAGCUGCUGGGCUACCGGCCAGUGUUCUCUGAGGACGAGCAGCGCGACCUCGCCCUGGACCUCAUGCUGCCGCGCGGCCCGAGCAGCUUUAGCUGGGCAUCGUCCACUGCCCAGCACUCCGGGCCGUAG